UACAAGCUCUUUGUCAAAGAGCUCAAAGGUGAAAUCAACAAAUAUAGUGCUCUUGCUAAUCUAGCAGAAUCUGACUAUCAGAUUAUUCUCGAUCAGUCUGGGUGGCUUAACUGUGAUAUCAUUCACAGGGCUCAGGUACUGUUGUAUGAAGCAAAUCCAGUCAUUGAGGGUUUUCAACGGCCUACACUUAGUCCUGUGCGAAAUUUUGUGGUCUUUGGUGAGUUUAUACAACUUCUGCACACAGGAAGCGAUCACUGGGUCUGCAUCAGCUCCAUAGGGUGUCUGGCUGGACAUGCUGAUCUGUAUGACAGCUUUUACCAUGACAUCAUAAAUCAGGAGUGCCUUUUUGAUCCUGCCUUCUUCUACACCCCUGAAGAGAUGAAGGCCAGAGGAUAUGGAGAUGUUGAUGUAGCAGAAAUUGUUGAAAGGCCUCAUCUCUAUAUUAUUGGGAGAUGUGGAUCAAAAGGGGUUAAGCAGCUUCCACAUGUUGAGACCAGACAAGAAUGCCUUGAUUACGUUCCUUAUCAAGUAGAAACCAGUGAUGGAGUUAAAAUGAAUGAUGUGCUGCGGUUCUUCCAUGGAGAUGGCCCAGAACAGCAGUUUGAGAGUGGAGAGCAGAGGGUAGGAAAAGCUGGUUGUAGUGGAUGUAGGGGAGAUUCACGAAGAUAUCGUGACCUUACAUACAGUUUUCGACGCCCCCAAUUGUCUCUAGCAGAUCGGCAAAACAUAGUGCUAGCAGGGCCUGCAGGAAAAGCAAAGAGAAAUGGUGGAAUCAGACCAUUGAAAGAUAUGUCGGUUGCUGAACUGCAGAGGGAAUGUAGAGCACGGGGAUUGUGUGAUGAAGGCUACAAGAAGGAUCUGCAGAUCAUCCUAAAAGAGCAUCUUGGUGGUAUACAGAGAGUACCAGCAAUGUUUACCAUGAAUCAAGGAAGAAGCUUAAAGGAUCUUCAUUUAGCGAUGUAUGAGGUCCUUCCCACUGAACCAUUACACGAUGUGAAGGAAAACAUCUCAAAAAAUUUAACACUGAAAUUUCUGCCCACCUUUCAGAUGAUGUGA